AUGGCGAUGCUUGAGACACCGUCUCGAAUAUGGCGCAGAAUCCAAGCUGCAGACGAAGGAGAGCCACCUUCUCUUCCGUCAUUACCUGCCUUCGAUGAUUCUGACCAUAAUUCAACCGACGAUGGCCUUGAUAUCUUGCCGGUGCAUUCUACACCCGCCCCUCUCUCAGCGCACACGGUGACCUCAACUAUCAGGCUACAAUCAAGUACUUCCAGCACAGCACGCUUUGCAAGCUCUCUCGCAUCACGCUCUGUUUCAGCAAAAUCUUCCUCUGCAUCUAGAACGUAUCCAUACCCUCGGAGCCCGGUACAAAGUUUCGAAGCGAGUGCCAUAACCUCACUUCCCCAUGAGAGCGACGAGAAUACAGAACCAGAAGACUCGCCUCUCGCAGAUAGUAGGCGCAGUAUUCCAGAGUCUCAUUUACCGCCAGAAGAGAAUGAAAUGGACGACAUGUCUUUGGAGGACGCACUACAGUCCGUCAGUCGCUCCAGCUCCCCGUUUUCUCCCGAAAUCCCUCUGGACAAUCCUACGCCAAGGAAGAAAUACGAUUACUCGAUGUCGUUACGUUCUGAACCUCAGCGAUCGCCAUUUGACAAAUAUCGUAAUGUUGCGCUACGAAAACCGCUCGCGCGGACGAGAACGCCGUCACUUUCCCGGACAACGCCCUCUCCUGUCUCAUCACCUCCAAACUCCACACCUCGCAGCAACAGAUCCAUUCCAUUACCUAUAGAAACACCGUCACCGACUCCUGGUGUAUACGUUCCCUUACCUCGUUCGAGAACCGCCUCUCCAGCUGUCAUUUCACUUCCAAGCGUCGUGAUACAGCCUCCAGAGGAUGAGAGCAAUGAUGAACAAGAGCUUUCCCCAGACCAUUCCCAGGACACACCACAGGAAAGUGACCUUGAACCAGGGCGGGAGGACACUGCCACGCAAUCGGAUCGCGAGCCCACAUUCUCAUCUGCAUCGUCUGAUCCAAGCAAUCAAUUUAACAACGACCGAACCAUAGGUGCGCAUUCAACAGCGUUUCUAUCACCCGCUAGAUCAGUGUUGGAUUUCACACCCGUUCCGCGGUUUCGUACGCAGUUCAACAUCCCACCUGCAUACAACGAACUAGGUACAGACGCAGGCGGAGAGCCUCUCACACCUCAUACCCGCAGACGGUCAUUUCUUCUUUCAGUUAUCAACUCCACUGCCCGGCCACGCAUAAAGUUUACCCCUCACCCCCACAACCGGCUUGGUGCCCUCCCUGUGUCCCAGAGCUCAAGCGGGAGCAGCGAAAGCGCAUCGGGUGUCGGCGCAACUCCCGCGGGUCACAUGCGCACCGUAUUUGCUGGUAUCACUCCUCGGCCUGGACGGGGGCGGGGCCGCAUGUCGCACCCUCUUGCGCAAGCGCAUGUUCCAGACAGUGCAUCUUCUGCAGGCGACAGUGAGCAUCUCGCGUCCCCCUCUGACAAUGAGCUCCGCGGUCCGUCGGCCUCCUUCAUCUCCAAUGCGUCCUCACAUGAUCUCACCACACACCCACGCGCCAACACCUCCGCGGGGGUGGCACGCUUCGACGCGCCGAAGCUGAAUCAUUACCUUCACACACUGAACUCGAAGCUGCAGGAAGAGAACAAGGCACUCGUCGACCGGUUGAGGAAGUACGAGGAGGUGAAAGAUGCUGAUCAGCGACGGCUCAGUUUGGAGAGUAUGGGCGGAAAUGCACGAAGGAUUAGUACAGGGAGUGCACUGGGCGAUGUUGAGGAGGCAGGGGAAGAAGGGUGGGCAGAGGAGAAGAAAGAUUUGGAGGAGCUCAUCGAGAACCUGGAGGCUCAGCUCGACAAGCUUGCAGGGGCGAAGGAGAGUGUGGACCAGGACCUUGAGACUGAACGGCACGAGCGUGCACGGGAUAGGGAACGUUGGCGAGAGCGCAUGCAUGAGGUCGAGAGUGGUGUUGCAGAGAUCGUGGGCGACUUGGAACAGAAAGUCGUAGAGAGCGAGAAAGCCCUGGAAGAGGUGACGAAGGAAGCGGAGCAUAUUCGUGAGCGACUUCAAAGCGAGCGUGACCUUGCGCUGGAGAGGGCUGUACAGGCAGAGAUGGUAAUGGAGAACGGGAAAGAGCUUGGAGGCGCAUUGAAGGAGGCCAACACCCGGAUCAGCGUCCUUACAGCCGACCUGCAGAGUGCGACCGCGCAAAUCAAGGAUCUGGAGGAUGAAAUCAUGACGAGCGACCGUCGUGUUGACGGGCUUGAGAAGGAGCUCAAGAAGGAGCGGCUCUCCGCCAAGCUAGCUAACGAUGAUCUUCACAGCCAGUUGAGCGAGAUGGGGGCUGAAAUCAUUCGCUCUAAUUCUGGCAAUGAUAUCAACGAGGAAGUUCGCGAACUGAAGACCUAUACUGCCGAGCUCGAAGAGGCUGUCACAGCGACGACUGAACGCAUCCAAGACCUCGAAGAGCAGCUCACUUCCGCUCAAGACCACUUUAACCAGUUGGAGGCCGCAGAACAAGAGGCUAACGAUCGUGCCGAAGCACUGGAAAAGGAAAAAGAAAGCGCAUCACUGCUGGUCAACCAAAUGGAGGACGCUCUUGAAGCCGCGGAGCAGAAGAUGCGAACCGACCAAGAAGUUGUCGCAGAUCUCAAGGCCAAGAUUUCCACCCUCGAAAGAGAAAGAGAGCGCGAGAGGGAGAUGUCUCGGCUUUUGAAAGGACAACAUUCAGACGAGAGCAAUGCUGAACUUGAGAACGUACUCGAGGCAGAGUUGGAACAGGCACACAAAGAGAUCGCGAAACUCACUGAACUCCUUCAACACUCUCCUGCGCGGAAAGCUAUCGACGCUGCUAAGGAUCAGAGGAUCGAGAUUCUGGAGAAGGACAAAGAGCAGCUCCAGGCACGUAUCAAGGCCCUCCGAUCGACCAGCUUCGAGACGGCAACUCCAAACAAGGUAGUCAACCUCAGUGGCAUCUCACCCAUUCAUCGACAUGUAUUAUCGAUGUCUGUUAGGGCUCCGAAGACACCUGGAGGUCCUCUAAAAGAUCUUUCCUGGCUGAACAAUACCACUGGCGAUGCCUCAGUGUCCCCGCUAUUAAACGAAAUCGCUCGUCUUCAGACUGAACUCGACCGUGCCAAUGAUAGUAUCGACCAAAAGCUCGACGAGCUGGAAGAUGCUGGGCUGGGAGUCGUAUCGCUCACGAGAGACCUUGAGCUUGCCCGAUCCAAGAUUUCUCAAAUGGAAAACGAGAUGGGAAGGUUAGAGAGACGUGAGGAGCGCAGACUUCACCGACUCCAAAGGCUCCGUUGUCAGAAAUGCAUGGUCAAGGUGGACACAUCAACAUUUCAACGAUUUUACGACGCCGAUGAAAGCUCCUUGGAUGUGUCGCAUAGUGGCCUCCCCUCCAACCCCCCGACACCUCCGACGAAGACCAGCGAAGCUCUUAGAUUGGACCUUCAUGCAGUUAACAGGGAACUGGACACGAUGAAACAGCGAUGGGAGGAAGAAAAGCGCCACCUUCUAGGAGAAAGGGCCGUCCUUCAAGAUGCUGCGAACCGGAUGAACAUGGAAAUACGAAGCGCAAAGGACGAAGCGAAGAAAGCCACUGAAGCUAGCCGACGAUCGAGAGCUGAUACUCGGGAGGUCGAGAGGGCGAAGGCUGUCAUUGCUGACCUCGAGGCUGAAUGUCCACAGGAGCAGGACCGCGUCCAGCGUGAGAAGAGUGUUGUGGCUCGUCAACUACAACGAACUGAGGCGGAUAUCGAUGAUGUUAAGAGACAGCUGCAGAAAGCCAAGCGCGAAAAUAAUGAACUAGAGACUGAGUUGCGAACCAAUGCAACCAUCGAGCAGCAAGCUCGUCACCUCGAAUGCAAAGUCAAAGAAAAUGCAGAGACAAUCGAUCAGCUACGGGAAGAGCGGUCUCUUCUUGCAAAGGACCACAAGGAACUUCAACGACAGUUCACUGAAGUAUCAGAACGAGUCAACAAGCUUCGCAAUGACUAUGCAAAAUCACAAUCAUCGCACGACAAACGCCGUCAUCAACUUGACUCGCAUCUCGGUGAAAUUGAAGACCUCAGGCGUGCGCUCUCCAAUCAAGCCGACGAACUACAACGUAGCGAGGAGGAGAAAAACCGCAUGGCGAUCGAGAAGACCGAUGUUGCACGCACUGUUGCAGCCCUUGAAUCCGACCUUAGACGCGUCAAGCGAGAUGCCGAGGCGUUUGGACGUGAUCUCAAAACUCUGCGAACAGAGAAAGAGAAGCUGCAGGCCAAACAUAGAGAUGAACUGGCGAAAGCUGAACGAGCCAAGAAGCAGGCCCAAAGCCAGAUGCGUCUCCUGAACGAGCAACUCGGCAGCCAGCAUACCAAGUUAAAGAUGGCCCAGGAGAAGCUCAAGAUCAAGGACCAUGGAUUUGCUACUGAUGGCUACCAGCUUGUCGAGCUGAAAAGACAGCACAAGGAAGAGUGCAAGGGCCUUGUCGUUCAGAUUCGGUACCUCAAGGCGAAGUUUACCCGCGAGUCUACCUUGCGAGAUGAUCUCGUAUACCAGAAACAUUAUCUUCUUGUUCUCCUCUCGAACUUUGAGGCGAGCGAGAAGCGCAUACUGGCCUGCAUAUCCCGGAUAGGAUAUCCCAAACCAAAAAACCCAGCAGUGACUGUGAAGAAGCCACGCUCAAUAAAAAGCGUUGUACUGAGUGUCAUAUUUAUACGGCGUGUGAGGUAG